CGGAUGAUGUCCUUUUCUGCGUGCCGGUGAGGAGCAGCGCCGAUCUCAUCUUCUUUCCAGCAGCUUUAGUUGUUGUUGUCGCAACCCGGUUGAUGCGGAGGUGAUGGACGGUCCUCUCCGCCGCCCAGCAGGGAUCCUUGGCUCCCCCACGGCUUCAGGGAGCCAACCUGCGGGCUCAGAAAUGCUCACCUCCGGCGGCAGCAGCAAGCCUCUCGCUUUCUCCAUCGACCGGAUUAUGGCCAGGACACCCGAGCCCAAGUCAAUACCGCUCCCCAACUGGUUUCAGUCCGCUCCAGUGGGGAAACCCGAAGCAUAUCCGUCCUCGCUGCAUUGCAUGAUCCCGCUGGUACCGCUCGGCUAUGAGCCGGGACACCGGCUCAGUAUCACAGGGCUGGAUACGGGCCACUUAGACGCGUCUUCUCUCCCGGCUCCCGCAGAAUUUUUGGGGUUUGGGCUAAACUAUAAAAAUCAACAAGAAGACACUGCUGUCAGCCAAACCACCGGGCAGUACAAACUCUUCAGACCCAGGGUGGUAAACCAGUCCUCUUUUCCCACGAUGGGCACUGUUUGCUACCUGAAUUGCAGCGGGGAUUCCGGAGCGUGUCCACCGCCGGCUGGCCUGGUGAACCUGCACCCUAUGGCCUCGUACCUGUUCACUGCCCGACAUAAAGCAUUCAUGGCAGAGAAGAGCAAGACCGGCAUGCAACAGGCCGCGGAGCGGUACGCGGGUUCCGGCGUGCAGGCCUUCAAGGAUCUAUCUCCGAACCAGAUUCACUACAUAAAGCAGAGGGAUCAGAUCCUGAGUGACAAGAUUUUCAAGGGCUCCGCGACAGCUGCAGCGGCAAGCGCCAGGCUCAGCGGCUCCUGUCCCGGUAGCAAGCCCAAAGUUUUUACCUGUGAGGUCUGCGGUAAGGUCUUUAACGCGCACUACAACCUGACCCGCCACAUGCCCGUACACACAGGCGCUCGACCAUUCGUGUGCAAAGUUUGCGGGAAGGGAUUCCGACAGGCCAGCACGCUGUGCCGGCACAAAAUCAUCCACACUCAGGAAAAGCCUCACAAGUGUAACCAGUGCGGAAAAGCCUUUAACAGGAGUUCAACCCUCAACACGCACACACGCAUCCAUGCAGGAUACAAACCAUUCGUGUGCGAGUUCUGUGGGAAGGGAUUUCACCAAAAAGGAAACUACAAAAACCACAAGCUGACACACAGUGGCGAGAAGCAGUUCAAGUGCUCCAUCUGCAGCAAGGCAUUUCAUCAGGUGUACAACCUCACCUUCCACAUGCACACCCACAACGAUAAGAAACCCUUCACCUGCCCAACCUGUGGCAAGGGCUUCUGCAGGAACUUUGACCUGAAGAAACACGUCAGAAAGCUACAUGACCCAGCCGGCGCACAGUCUCCCCCACAGAUGUAAAAACCUGAACACUGACUCUGAACCCCCAGCACACCAAAAUGCAUAGUCAACAAUUACAUUUCAGCCAAGCUACAUGUAAAAUAAGGUACACUUUGGUCCUUAGACUUAAGAAGCCCUGUAGGUGGUAAGGGGAAGGUUUUUCAUAAAUCAGCCAUAUGCAUGUGUUUAGAAUUUGUGCACUUUUUUCAUCCAAAUUA